CAACCUAAAGUCCUAAACCCCCGCGCCGCGCGCUUUUUCCCCCUCUCUUCUUGUCUGUCCCUCUCUGUUUCUCUCUCAUCCCGGAAGAGAGAGAUAGGAUUUUCUUCGCCAGCGAAAACUCGGACCAAAAGAAAAAAAAAGGAAAAAGAAAAGAAAAAAGCGAGGGAGAAAGGGCCAUAACAACACCAACAAACAACCAUUAGGAUUAAGAGACCAUUCCUCUCUCUCUCUCUCUCUCUCUCUCUAAAUAUAUAAUUAUAUAAGAGAAUAAUAAGAGAGGAGGAGGAGCGAGAGAGCACUGGCUCUGACAUUCUUACCCGGAUCCGAAUUUGUCGGACCCACCUUCCGCCAUUGUUAAACGCAAAGCUUUCUUCUUCUUCUUCUUCUCUCUCUUUGAUUGCCUUCAGCGGUGGUCGUUGACGUCGUUGCAGACGGAUAUCUUCGAUUCCGAGAUCUGUUCCACAAGAGGUUCAUUUCUGGAGUUGUAUGAUUGAGGACUAAUGGGCGGGUGUGUCUCAACACCGUCGCAAAAAAUAAAAUCGAGAAGAAAGCGCAGUCACCAUUUCAUCAAACGCUGCGGAAAGAUUACCCGCUCGGUCUCUGAUGGUACCAAGAAAAGAAACAGUGAUACAGGAGCUUGUUUAACAGAUUAUGCUGUGAGUGAGUUUGUUCACAUGGACUUUGGGAAGGGUGGGGCUACUACUUGCAGAAGAUCCGAGGUUUCAAACGCAACAUUCCAUCUCACUCAGUUGCAAUGGCACCGCAGUCAAUGUGACACUAAUGUCGUUUGCCAAGAGGAAGCUUGGUUUGACUCGGUCAGCAUUUUGGAGUCUGACUCGGAUGAUGACUUUAGUAGUGUACAUGGAGAUGUUUUCCCAUUAGUAGGUAGUGCAAUUGGAAAUAUCUCAUCAGGUCAAGUGGUUCAAUAUGAAAGAUCAGCGUGUUUUGUCGAUAACAAGUGCAAAUAUGAAGAAUAUCAGAGCUUUGUGAAAAUAGAUGGAGGGAAGACUGAUGAAGUAUGCAGCAAGAGGAAGAAGAUUUUAGACCAUUCUCUUGGAAGCUUCAAAGGUUUCAAAGAGGAGAGACAUGAUUCUGAAGAGAAAACUAGCAGGAAGUCUAGUUUAACUAAAUUAUUACCCGCUGUAAGCUUCAAUGAGAAGCUUCUACAUCCGUCAAGUAUGGGUCCACAGCCACAGAAAAAACCUUCAGCAGUUUUCAGGCUUUCUUUCAAGAGGAGGUCCUGUGAAAGAGAAGAAGCCGUUGAACAAUGUCAAUCAAAAAGGUAUCUGUAUCGGCCAAGAGCAGGACAUAUUAUUCCAUGCUGUACAGGAGAGAAGCUAACCCCAGGAUGUUGGUCCGAGAUUCCACCCUCAACCUUUAAACUCCGCGGCGAGAACUAUUUCAAAGAUAAGAAGAAGUCGCCUGCUCCAAAUUACUGCCCAUAUACUCCAAUUGGUGUUGAUUUGUUUGUCUGUCCCAAAAAGAUUGAUCAUAUUGCUCAACACCUUGAGCUUCCAAAUGUAAUAGCUGAUGGAGUAGUACCUCCCCUCCUCAUUGUGAAUAUCCAGUUGCCCACUUAUCCCGCUGCGAUGUUCCUUGGUGAUAGUGAUGGAGAAGGGAUGAGUCUUGUAUUGUAUUUCAAAGUCUCUGACACUUUUGACAAAGACAUCUCUCCGCAAUGUCAGGAUAACAUCAAGAAAUUGAUUGAAGAUGAGAUGGAAAAGGUCAAAGGAUUUGCAAAAGAAUCCACCGUCCCUUUUAGAGAAAGGCUGAAGAUCGUAGCUGGGUUGGUCAAUCCUGAGGACCUUCAGCUGAGUUCUACUGAGAAGAAGCUUAUAAACGCUUAUAAUGAAAAGCCAGUCCUUUCACGCCCUCAGCAUAAUUUUUAUAAGGGUUCUAAUUACUUUGAGAUUGAUUUGGACAUUCACCGUUUCAGUUACAUAGCAAGGAAGGGACUUGAAUCCUUCAGAGAACGUUUGAAAAACGGAAUACUGGAUCUAGGACUAACAAUUCAGGCACAAAAGCCCGAAGAACUGCCGGAGAAAAUGCUGUGUUGUGUGAGGUUGAGCAAGAUUGAUUUUGUAGAUCAAGAUCAUAGCAGAAUACCCACACUAGUGACCCUCGAUGAUGAUUGAUGAGGAUGUUGAGAUGCAGAGCUCAGGACACCCCAUUAAUUGGGAAGAACCAAGACUGUAAACAUUCAACUGCCACCCAUUCCAGCCUUUUGUACAUCAAAAGAAAAUAAAUAAAUUCCUUGUUAAAAAGUCUGUGAUAGUAGCUUUCUAAAGUUUGAAUCUGUUUAUCAGCUGGUCAGAAUAAAGACAAUGUCGUUUUCUCUUGCAGUAGAAGUUGAAUAACGUUUUUUUUU